AUGGAUGUACAAGAAAUCGAUGAAAAACUCGUGACAAACGGGAAUUAUGUUAGGCAUGCUUUUAACAAUCGAAACAUAAAAAUAAAAGUCAUGGAUGCUGUGGAUAAAAUUGAAGAUUAUACUAUUUUUCAAAAUGAAGCUAGCCAAAAUGGUCAACUAGCCAAAAAUAAAAAUAAUAAAUUUUUAUCCUUAAAUGAAAAUUUAAUAUCAAAAAUACGAAGUGAAAGUUCAGAUAUAAUAAAAAAAGAAGGACAAAUUUUAGACGUAAAUUCUAGAAAUGUAUGCUACUCAUUAAAAAGUGGAAAAUUCCGAUUAAUAAAUCAAAAUGGAAUAAAUACUACAAGAAUAAAAUUAUUAUAUGAUAGUGAAGUUUUAUAUGUCAGCUUUAAUCAAGAAAAUGGAAAUUUAUUAUUAAUUUUAGAUACUAAGGGACAUUUAUAUAUAUACAAUAUUAAUGAAUAUCUAGUUGAACUAAUUUUUUGUUUAAAUUUUUCAUCUGUUCAAAAUGAAAACUCUUAUUCUGAACAAUUAAAAGAGAUAUUAUCUUUAAAUAAUGUAGAGGAUGAAAAUAAAAAUUCUGACCAUGUUCAUAAAGAAGACGAAUUAGAAAAAAAAAAAAAUAUUCCAAAAAUAGCUAGCUGGAUACCAAAAAAUGAUAAAUUUUUUAUUACAGGUCAUAAUAGCUAUUUAUGUGUGUGGAAUAUUAAAAAGUUAUUAAACUUUAUUACAAUAAAUAAAACAAAUUCAGAAAUAAAUGUAACAAAUGAACUUAUUUCAAGUUGUGGAUUUAAAAUAUCAUUUGAAAAAUUAUUUUAUAAAUAUAGCUACUUACAUAAUGACACAUUUUUAGCUAGCACAAACAAUCAAGACCAAACUUAUAAUACAUUUUUAAAUUCCUAUUGUUUUAGCUUAGAUGGUAAAUAUCUACAUGCUUUGGUUAAUAAUUAUUAUUCCCUAAUAUGGAAAAUUCAAAAAGAAGAUCAAAAUAUUCGCUUUGUUUUGGUUGGUUUUUGUUCUCUACAAGAGCAAUUGCUUAACGUCCGAAAGUGUUUAAAUUUAAAUAAAAGUAAAAAUGUUUCCGAAGUAGAAAAAUGGAACUCUAAGAAUCAAAUUAACAAAAUAAGCCAACACACAGAUAAAGAAAAAGAAGGAGUUUCAGAAAAUGUUCUUAACCAAGAUAGGGAUAGUGAAAUAUCGUCAGUUCAUAUAAUAAAUACAUUUAUUCAAAAUAAAGAAAACGAAGGUAAAUUGAGCGAAUACUAUUUAUUAGUAUUCCAUAAUGGAUGUUGUAUAUCUCUUUUUUCUUUUAAAAAGUAUAAUGAUUAUUUAAGUAUGAAAAAUAAUAGUACCACUGAUGAACAGACGGAUAUACUAAAUGAAUUUAUAGAGCAAAAUAUAUUUUUCGAUAAAAGUAUAGCAAAUAUAGAAAAUAUAGAACUAUUUUUAGAUCCCUCUGAAUUUUUUGUUUUCUUUAAUAUAUCUUAUAAUAUUUUAAGUAAAAAUCAAGAAUAUUUAAAUAAAAGUUUAUUAUUUGUUAUAGAAAUAUUUAAUAAAAAAAGGCUUGAUUUUAAUAUUCAUCCUAAAUUUGUAUUAUUGGAUGAAGAUCAAGCAAUUUUACCAUUAUGCUCUAUAAGAAUAUUAACAAUAAAAGAAUUUAUUAAAUUUGCAAAAGUUUUAAAUGUUUCAGUAUCAUCAAAUUCUAUUAAUCUCUUUAUUUUUUCUAUAACAUUUAAUACUGCAAUAAAAAAUAUCAAUGUUAAAUCGUUUUCUGUUCCAAUCCCUUUACUAAUGGGUGACAUAUGUGAUAAUCAAAAGGAUCAUGACAAAAAAGUGAAUUUAGAUCGUUCAAAGAGUGAUAAAAUUAAUGAAGAUACUGAACGCGAUAAAUUUAAUCAGCUUGAUAAUCAUUCGGUUCUUCCAUCCUUUUUGGAUUCUUCAGCCAAUACUCCCGUUAAUAAAACAGAUCCUAUUCAUAUUAAAAUGGGUUCUAAAAAAUCUGCAUCUGACAUACAUGCUAGCGAACUAAUUAGAAGUGGAGAUGAUGAUACAGAAUUGAGUUUGGAGAAUCAAAAAAAUGAAACAAUUAAUAUUGAUUCCUCAUUUUUUGAUACAAAGAAAGAUGAAAUAAAUAAAUCUGGUGAAGAAAAAAUAAAACUUGAAUCGGCUGAUACAGAAGAAAAUCAUAUAACUCAUAAUGAUUGCACACAAAUAAGUAAUAACCAAUUAAAUAAAAAUGAUAAUGAAAUAAAAUAUGAUAAUGAAAUAAAAUAUGAUAACGAAAUAAAAUAUGAUAAUGAAAUAAAAUAUGAUAACGAAAUAAAAUAUGAUAAUGAAAUAAAAUAUGAUAAUGAAAUAAAAUAUGAUGAAAAUUUUAUUGAUAGCAUUAUUUCUAAAGUUUCAUCAGUUGGGAAUAAAAUUAAUGAAAACACAUCAACCGAAAUAGAGGUAGAUAAAAAAAAUGAGACGAAUAGCAUAUUUAAUACUUAUGAAAUGGCAAAUAAUAAAAAAGAUGAAAAUUCAAAAAAAAAUUGGCUAUUCGGUUCAGAUUCUGUUGAAAUAAAUAAAGAAGACAAUAAAAAUGAUACAUAUUUUAAAGAAACAAAACAUAUUGUUGAUAUAAUAUUUUCUAGUUCUUCAAAUAAAAAAGAUAAAGUUGAUGAGAAUGAGCAAGUAUUACCAUCAUGUGAAAAUGAAAAUAUUGAGAAGGAAGAUCAAGAUGAACUAGCCAAUAAUAGGAGUCCGAUACUUGGCAAUAGUAAUAUAGAUAUAAUCAUGUCAACACAUGAAGAUGUAUUGAAACGAUUUAUGGAUUUUAAAGAUGAUCAAAGUCGAGAAGCAGAUGGAAGUGAAAUUGAGAAAAAUGAAAAUGACGAGCAAAACGAACAUAUCAAAUUGGGAAGUCCAUUGAAUAAUGUUCAAUUAAAAAUGGAAGACCAGGAAAUAUAUUACAAAAAAGAGGAAGAAGAAAAAGACGAAAAAAUAGUGUCUGAAUCUGAAUUAAAGGAUAAAAAUAUAGCUGAACAUGAUAAUGAAAAUUUACAAAAUGAAACUUUAAAAAAAGAGAAAAACAUAAACUCAUUUUUUCAUAAACUAGGAUUUUUUAAAAGCAACCCAUCAACCCCGACAUCCAAAAAGUUACAGAAUGAAAGUGACAAUUUUCAAGAGGGAGAAAAUGAUAAUGAGCUGCUGAACGAAAAAAUUGAAGAAAAAAUUGAAGAAGCCAAUUGCGAUUUUGAAAACGGUAUCAAUGAUAAGAUGCAACAUGACGACAGUUAUGUAGACAUGAAAAAGAAUGUAAAAAAUAAUAUACAUGAUCAAUCAAAAGAAUUGAAUAAUUAUCCAAUUCAUAUGAAUGAAGAGCUUAUGAAAAAUAUCUGUAAAACAAUAUGCAAACGAAUGAGUACUACAAUAUACAAUACUGUCUAUGAAGAACUAAAUAAAGCAUGUCCAUUAAAAGAUAUGAACAAGACAGGUGAAAAUGUUGGAUAUUUUAUGGAUGAGGGCCGAGAUAAAGAAUAUAAUGAAAUAUGUGCAAUGUCAAAUAGGUGCAAUAAAAAAAUAAACGAAAUGAAAGAAGAAAUUAUAAAUUUAAAAAAUCAAAAUAAAAAUAUGAAUAUAAAAUUAGCAUCAAUAAAUAAUAGUAUAUCUAAAAUAUAUGAAAAUAUAAAACAUUAUGGAAAUGUUAUAAAAAAUCCAAAACAACAAAAUAUACAAGAAAUAAAAUUAGAAAAAAUACAAACAGAAAUAACUACAUUAAAAAAGUCUGUUAAUAAUAUGGUAAGUAAAAGUUCAGAAAAUUUACUGACUUUUCUAGAUGAUUUUAAAACAAAUAUAGGUAAAGUCCUACGAGCAAAUAAUGACAAUUUAAGAAAAACUAUACAACAAAACUUAGUAGAUAAUGAAAAAAAUGUUCCUAAUAAUAGUGCAUUAUAUAAAGAUUUAAUGUAUAAUAAAGGAAUGACAGAAUUUUUAAAUGAUGUUCAUCAAAAUGCUUUAAAAAAAAUAAUGCCAUCUGUUAUAUCAUCUGAAAUCCAAGUCCAAUUUUCAAAAAGUAUAGUCCCAGGUAUGAGGGAAGCAUAUAAUACUGGCUUUCAAGCCAUUAAAGAACCUUUAAAUGAAUUAUUAUUGGAAAAUAGAAAAUGGCUAAACAAUAAAGUAUGUGUAAUUGAAAAAGGUGCAUAUGAAAAGACACAGAAAAACAAUGAAGAAUGCUUAAUCGCUAUAAACCAUAAAAUUGAUACAUUAGAUAAAGAGUUUAAAAUGUUUACUUAUAGUAUUAAUGAACAAUUAGUAUACCUUAAUGAAAAUAUAAAAGUUCUAAAUAAAAUUGUUAUGAAUCUAAAUAAUAAAAAAUCCGAUAACCAUAAAAUGAUGACAUAUAAUGGAGAAAUGGAGGUUGAAAAAAAGGAAUACAGAGAAAUCGAAGAUGAUGCAUCAAAUAUAAGUAACGUAAAUAAUAUAAGUAGUAUAAAAUAUGCAAAACAAACAUCCAACAAUACGUCAUAUAAUAAUAAACAUGGAUCUAUAGUAGAUUUAAAAAAUAGUUAUGAUAUAGACGAUGCUGAAGAUGAAAAAAAAGAAGAUGAAAAACCGAAAAAAAUUGAAAAAAAAAUGGACACUUCAGAUAUUAUAAUAAAGGGAAGAAUUAAUCAAUUAUUAACUGAACAUGAAUAUAAUCAAGCAUUUACAUUAGCUUUAUCAAUAGAUAUAGAACAAAAUACAAAUGCUUUUUGGGUAUUACAAUUAUGUCAUAGAUUUCAUGAAAAAAUGUUUUUAAAUGAAUCAUUAUCUAUAAGUCAACCAGCUUUAUUAAGUAUUUGUAAAAUAUUAUGUGAAUCAUUAAUAAAAACAUCUAAUUUAUCUUUAGAGGAAUCAGAAUUUCGUCUCAAAUGGAUUCGUGCAUGUAUGCAACAAUUAGCUUUAAAUCAUUCCGAUCUAAUGAAAACAAAUGCAUUUAUAUUUAUGAAAAAUAUGCAUAACAAUAUAUGCACAUUCAGUUAUUAUGUAGAAAAUGAGUUAGCAAAAAUGAUGGGAAUCAAUACCAAUGAUAAUGACGAAGAUGAAGAAGAUAAUCGGCUACUAAUGAAAAGACAUCUCUUUAGAAAUAAAAUAGUCUUUAAUCAGAAGCAAACUGCAAAUGAUAAAGGAGAAACAAAUGGAAUGAAUUCCCACAAUCAUUAUCAGUACAACAAAAAUAUGCUCAUCGUUUUGCAGGAAGAAAUAUUCCGCAUUAGAAAGUUGCUCAAGCGGAUAAUAAAUAGUCUUGGAAAGAGCAGUGCAGAAAUGAUGGCAAGCAACCAGCAUUAA